AAGAGGCAGGGCCAUGCCAGUGACAGCUGUGUUGUGGAAGGCUUGCUGGGAGGAGUGAGGAUCAGUCUGUACAGCUUCUACCAGAGAGGAGAACAAAAGCCAUCUCAUCCCAGACAGCAUGGAGCUCGAAGGGGACUUCUCACUGACAGUUCCUCUCAUUUUCACGGCGCUGGCCGUCAUCUUGGCCAUGCUUUGGAUGAAGCUGCGCUCUGCAGGAGAAAAGCAGCCAGCCGAGGAAUCCCAUGAAGAAGAGGUGAAGGAGAAAGUGGUAGAAACGUUAGAAGAAGAACAGAAAGACAAGGAGGAUCAUGCGACAGAGGAAGAAGUGCCUGAAUGGACAGAGACUGUCCCAGUGGAAGAAGUUGGGGCGAUGGAGGAACUGACCGAGGCCAAAGAAAGCGAAACGGACGCGGCUGAGUGUGCAGAGGAGACGACUCCAUCCAGCCAAUCUAGUCAAGAAGAGGAGGACAGUAAAGAAGAAGAUGUUGAAACAGAAAAUGAUAAAGUUUUGAAGAUUAGUGAAGCAGAUGAUGCAGAUGAUGAAGAUUUCUCAUUUAAAUAUGUGCCAGGAAAACUACGGGGCAGUGACUUUGAGAAAAUGCUGACAAAGGAUGAAUUAGAGGAGGAGCAGAGGGUACAGAGGGAACAGCUGGGUGCCAUCUUUAGGAUGAUGGAGAACAACCAGGAGACCUUUGGGAUGAUGUCAGAUGUCGACUUGAAGGAUCAGCUGAGGCUUUACAACAUGUAGUUCUCUUCUGCUGCUAGAAGCAAAUCAAAAUCUCUGAUUGUAUCAUAAACUCAAUAUUUUGAGGCCUGCUUUGCCAUGUGGGAUGGUGUUAACAUUUUAUAAUGGCUAUAACAUUAUUUUGGGAAUGUGUCUAUACACUGUCCUAGAACUUAAUGCACGACCUUUCAACAAUGCAAAUGUAUUUGUGUAAUUAGAAGAGGACUGUACUGAGUUUGUUGUGAACAUUCAACAGAAUAAGGAUGAUUAUUCCAGUUUCAGCAACUAUGUGGGUGAUUCCAAAUAGCAUUAAUACACAUCAUGAAAGGGUUGUAAAGAUGGCCGAGAUCUCCCAUCAUGCUUGAGAAAUUCAGUCUGAAAUGAUGCAGCCUUUUUCUUUUCAUUUAGGAAGGGAAUAAUCUUUUAAAUAUGCUUACUGAAUGCUACAAGGACUGGUGUAGCUUGAGAAGCCAACCUAAAAUAUUGGUACAAUGGAAGCUUAGUUCAAUACCACCAUUAUUUUUUCUAGAGCUUUAUCCCUAUUCCCUAUAAUAAAAAAAUAAUAUAUUGCAAAAUAAUCUUUUCUUAUGCAGUAUCCCUUCACCAUAAUAAUGACGAUAUGUCGGUGGAGCAUUAGAUUAGGAUUUUUGUAGAUAUUUAGAUGUUUUGCUGUAUUAAUUAAGAGGCUGCUCUCUGAAAGCCAAUGGGUUAGAAGAGACCCAGUCACAAUCAUAGAUGUAAUAGAAUUAUGAGUGGCAGGUGUAUGGUUUACAGAUCAGAUCAAAUUAUAGUCAUAAAAAAAAAAGAUACCGAUCUUCCUUUAAUAGGGUGAGGGUUGAGAGUAGGCUGGACUAAAUUUGUAUCCUGGAGUAGAUUUCUUUGUCAUGGAUAAAAGGCAUGCUCUGGUCACCAAUCUGUUGGAUAAAUAAAAAUUGAACUGGACUGUCAACCAUGUGCUUGGUGCUAUCUUUAUUCUACCGCAUUCACCAAAUUAAUAGUUACCUAGAUUGGAGAUAAAAUAGAAGCAGCGCAGAGUGACAGUUUUACAGCAAUGCAAUAAACUGGCUUGGACAAUCCCAGGAGCCAGAUUACCAGAACACCUAAAACAUUGCCACCUAACUGUUUAAAGCCAUUUCCAUUAUUGUCAAUGGUAGCAUAGAUUCCUGGACAGCUCUCAAUGACCUAAUGACACCAACAUUGCACUAGCUAGCUUAUGAAUUCAUUGAUACUUCAAUCUGGUCCCAUGCAAUAAGUACUGUAUACUUGACCAGACAGGAAGAGGCUUGCAAGCUUUCCCAUAGCAAGCUUACCAGGAAUGGAAACCCUGGUGCUUUGCUGUACCGAGCAAUAGUUUCUUUAUAUAUAUAUCAUUUGAUUUAAACACAGCUACUCUGUCAUUAUGAUGAUUUUUAUGUUUAUUUUCCUGACAUUCGAUAUAUAUAUUGGUGUUUUUUUCAGUUUUUUUGUAUAGGAAUUUGCUAGCAUGGCUUACUUCCAUGCAAGAGACAAGGUGUAAUAGCUACAGAUUGCACAGUAGCCAGGCUUGUGGAAAUCAUAUGACCCAAGUACAGUAGAGGCUCCACCAUACCUUAGAAGCUCCAUCCUGUGAUGGUAAUAAGAUUUUUGUUACUGUGCUAAUUGCACAGAUGUUUCUUCUUCUUCUAUAACAUUUCUUAUCAUUUCUAAUAAAAUAUUUUGCAAGCCUUA